AUGGAGACCGUGGAUGGUUCAAAGAACUUGACUAUUGUCAUAAAAUUAGGAACGAGUUCGAUUGUGGAUGAACGCACACAUGAGCCAAUUCUGUCCAUUCUGUCCUCAAUUGUCGAAACCGUUGCAAAACUCCGCAAGAAUGGACAUAGGGUUAUUCUAGUAUCUUCGGGUGCCAUUGGAGUUGGCUUACGCAGAAUGGAUAUUGAUGAGAGACCGACACAUCUACCCCGGAUACAAGCUCUUGCUGCUGUUGGCCAAUGCCGGCUUAUGAGUCUGUGGGACGGCCUUUUUGGACAUCUCCGGAUUCCUGUUGCUCAAAUUCUUCUUACUAGAAGCGAUAUUGCAGACCGUACACAAUAUAUAAAUGCUCAAAACACCUUUUCCGAGCUGCUGGAUAUGGGCGUCCUUCCAGUUGUCAAUGAAAACGAUACUUUGGCAGUUGCGGAAAUCAAAUUCGGAGACAAUGAUACUCUAUCAGCUAUAACCGCAGCCAUGGUCAAAGCUGACUAUCUCUUUUUGAUGACUGAUGUAGACUGCCUAUAUACAGCGAACCCAAGACAUGACCCUGAUGCAAGACCCAUCGAAGUCGUUUCCGAUAUAUCAACUCUCGAAGCAGAUGUGUCAACAUCCGGUUCGUCGCUAGGUACCGGAGGCAUGGGUACCAAGAUCGUUGCUGCUCGUCUUGCUACCAGUGCUGGUGUGACAACCAUCAUCACCAAAAGUUCAAAGCCUGGCAAUGUGCAUGAUAUCGUCAACUAUCUGCAAGAAUCCCAGACUGGUUUACACGUAUUUUCCCAGACAACAGAUCAAACAAACUCGGAGCAGAAAGCAAUGACCGGUUCGACUUCUGGUUUAUCGUUACCUCCUCUACAUACCCGAUUCCUCCCCUCAGCUACCCCUAUUCAAUCACGCUCAUUCUGGGUUUUACACGGUCUUGCUCCUCAUGGAAGUCUGUUUAUCGACCAAGGCGCAUUCAGCGCCCUACAGAAGAAAGCCAGUCUUCUUCCUGCAGGUGUCCUUGCUGUUGAAGGACAUUUUGGUCAACAGGAAGCAGUCCGCCUAUUCGUUGUCGAGAGACGUUCACAAACCGCCAUCGAUGGCGAUUUUAUGUCCCACGCAGAGGAACCCAGAGAGGUUGGGCGAGCUAUUGUGAACUAUGGCAGUCUGGAAAUUAACCGUAUCAAGGGUGUGCGCAGUACUCACAUCCAAGCUGUUCUCGGAUACGCGGAUAGCGAGUAUGUAGCUCUACGCGAGAAUAUUUCUUUCUUCCCGAAAGAAAUACCGAGCGGCGCUGCUACUCCUAACUUUGGAUAG